GCAUUUAUGCAUGCAGCAAGUCGGCAACUUUUGCCGUCGUCGCAAGUUGCUUGCAAGCAAACCAUCGUUUAUUCCUCCGGCGAUCAGAAGAUUAGGGUUUACAGUCUAAACUUCUGCAAGGAUAGACUCCAUUUAUUUUGUUCUUUCGCGAGAGACGACAAAGUUGGUUUGGUGCUGGCAGGUGACAACCAAAAAUCCAUACAAGAAUCAACAGCUGCCGCCUAUGGCAAGCUAAAAUCCUCAACUUAGGGUUAGGAGUCGACCCCAGAAUCGUUCUAGCUCCAUGAAUCUCCCCGCAGAAGCCUUGCUUAGGGUUCUUGCGCAUUGAAUCCGGAAACCCUAAUCCGCAGAUCGGGUUCGGUCUUUCUUCCUCUUCUUUCUAUGGCGAUCAUCGGCGACGCCCUUCGCCAGGCGUUUAUGCCGAAGCACGAAUACGAGAGCCUCCGGGAGGAGGUGAAGGCCUGGGGCCGCCUCCAGAGGCCCCUGGCCGCGGUCCUCGCGGCGGCGCUCGGCCUCGCUGUCGUCAUCGCUGUCUCCGUGAGCAUGAGCAUCGUCUUCCCCGGGGAUGCCAGCCGGCGGCCGUUCUGCAGGGACCGCAGGAUCCAGGCGCCGCCGAUCAAUGCCACCCAGGAGCCUGAUAUGUACGGGUACCACGGUGCAUUCUAUUUGACGGACGAGGAGGCGGCGGGCUAUUACUGGAUGGUUGUCUUCAUCCCAUCGGCAAUCGUCUUCUUGGCUUCGGUCGUCCACCUCCUGGCCGGAAUAGCAGUUGCUUAUUCUGCUCCAAGAAGACACACAUGCCUCAAGGUAGUUGAAAAUAACUACUGUGCAUCAAAAAGAGGUGGGGUACGUUGUCUAUCGAUUCUCAAUGUUGUGUUUGCCGUGAUCUUUGGUCUUCUUGCACUAUUUCUUGGAUCAAGCCUCCUCACACUAGGGAGUAGUUGCUCUGUCCCACUCUUCUGGUGUUAUGAGAUUGCCUCUUGGGGUCUGGUAACCUUGUAUGGUGGUACUGCCUUCUUUCUGAGAAGAAAAGCAGCAGCGGUCCUUGAUGAGGGUGACUGUGCUGGCCGAAACCUUGGAUUGGAGAUGUUGGAAUCAGCCACAGAAGUGACACCAGAAAUGGAGAGGCGUGUGGAUGAAGGUUUUAAGGCAUGGAUGGGAUCUGCCCUCCUUUCUUCUGAUGAAGAAGAAGAACCUGAUUAUUUUCAAGAGGUGGCCGAACCAGUUCUGACUGACUCUAACCUGCAAAGAGGGUGAAAUUUGUUAUUUGGAAUUCUGUAAAUUGUUCCUUGUCAGGCUUUAUUUUUUUAUUUUUCCCAAAUUUCCUGUUGGUUUAGAUUGUAAUUAUGUAAAAUCACUGUUGUUUCUGCUGUAAUACACGGAGUGGUGAAUUUAGAUUCACACCCAUACAAAAGAAUUUGGAAUUCAUAUGACUCCAUUAUUUGAGAUGCGCUGCUGUUUUGAGUAUGAGCUAUCAAUGGGAAUGAAUAAAAUUCGUGCAUAGGUCU